GAUGUGUCAUUGCGACAGGCGAAUGAAAACAUUCAUGACUCGUUCGGCACCCCCGCAUCCAGGAUGACUUCGACCCGGGAAAUUAUAACUUUGCAAUUUGGAAACUAUGCGAACUACGUGGGAGCGCAUUGGUGGAAUAUUCAGGAGUCAGGAUUCUCGUACGACCCAAAUGGGGAGCCGUCUGAAAUCGAUCACGAUGUCCUGUAUCGGGAAGGCGUUGAUUACAAGGGUCAAGUGACCUACACUCCGCGCCUACUUCUGGUUGAUCUGAAAGGAGCCCUUCAACAUUUGCCUGAACUAGGGACCCUUUAUGAGAGUGAACCCUCUACUAGUGCUGCGGCCUCGACUAGCGACCGAUUGGAAAGUGUACAGAGCUCAAUUCCAUGGGACUCUGAAGGCGUCGAGGUAAUCAAGAAGGAGCCGCAGGUGAAGCCGGAAUUCCAAAAGGAUUUAGACGACCCUCACGUGGAUAUAACAGAGAAAGAUUAUGAUUUCAGUACCAAUGCGAAAACCUGGUCAGAUUUUUUGUAUGCACGCUAUCACCCUCGAACUAUUAACAUAGUCAAAAAUUACCAACAUUCAGAUUCAGUAAAUUCCUUCGAUACAUUCAGCAAUGGUAGUCGGAUAUGGCAGAACGAAUAUUACGAAGAUGAUUUCGGUGACAAAAUUCGUCAAUACAUGGAGGAAUGUAACAAUUGCCAGGGCUUUCAAACCAUAUUCGAUUGCGCGAACGGAUUUGGGGGUCUUUCACUGAAGUGCCUAGAAUACUUGAAUGACGAAUAUUCCAAAGUUAAUUUAGCCGUUCCAGUGUUUAAUCCCAGAAGUGUAUUAUUUGAAAAUUCAGAUGAACCUCUAGCUAACUCUAUCUGUGUGGUGAAUACCGCCCUAGUUUACAGUCAUCUGGUGGAGCAAAGUUCUCUAAUCGUUCCAUUAUCGACGGCAGAUCGUGCAUGGCGGCAGAUUGGAGCUCCACGUCACUUCCCAUUGUUAAACUACAAAUCAGACAACUUAUACCAAACAUCAGCAAUCUUAGCAUCCUUUUUAGAUACCAUUUCCUUAAGGUAUCGCCUCAAAAACCCAGUAUCGUCCUGUUAUCUCUCCAACUUUUGUUCGGAUUUGAAUAACUACGGUCGUAAAUUGACUGCAGCUGCCUUAGGCUUACCAUUUUCCAUGCGUAGCGACGAAGACUUGAUUGAUUGCCUGGACAAAUUGGAAGGUAGCAUGUUCACUCAGAUCUCACCCAACUCAAAAAUCGGGACUGAUUACAUCGUACAAUCGGCCUGUAUCCGUGGGAUACCAAAAAAUCGCCUGAAACGACCGUCGAAACAAGCCCAACGCCAAAUGAAGAUGGCAGCCUAUAAAUGCGAAUCUGUAUCUGAAAUGCUUCAGUUGUAUUUCCAGUGCUCAAAUCAUGCUAGCCUGGCACAUGUGUCGGCCGUAGAGGCUCCUCAUCCUGUUAAAAUCCCAUAUCCAAUGGAAAUGUUCGAUCCGCGCUUGAACUUUGAAGGAUUCCUGGAGGAUAUCAAUCGUAUAGAAGAUCAGAAACUAAUAUCCGUUCCUGUGGUCGCUACAGUUCAAUGUUCCGGAGAUUUAUCAGAUACUUUGGAGUCGUUACACCGCGAAGCGAGCCGAAUAAAACUUUCGAAAAUCCAUCGAUUCAAGGAAACUGGUCUGGAGUCGGACGAGUACGUGGAAGUACUGGAGCAUCUCCUCAAUUUUAAGGAUAACUACGACGACAAUUUUGAUUUGUAGAUACGAAAUCUGGCAUAAACGCUGUUUUUAGAGAAACGCACCUUUGCUUUUGAUAUU